GCAGCUCAGACUGCUGGAAGGAACCAAGCCUGCUUGACGUUACUGCUGCUGCUGCCGCUGCUGCUGCUGCUGUUGCCGCUGCUGCUGCUGUUACUGUUGCUUCUGCUGCUGCUCCUGUUAAAGGCAGGCAGGCGCUGGGACUGAGAGAGACAGAAUCCUCUGACAGACAGACAGACGGACAGACGAAGGAGCGAUUGGCGUGAAGGAGGACGCAGGCAGAGCUGCCACUGCCGCUCCCAACAGCAGUCGCUCAGACCCUGGCCCAGUGAGCGAGCGCCCCUUACCCUUCUCCUCUUCCGCCGGAUCCCCGCACCCUCGCGGUGCGAUAAUCAGUGGAUUAUUGGCCCGUGGUCUUCUCUGUUCUUGGGAACAUGAAGCUGUCAUCGUUUAUCCUUAAGCUGCUUCUGGCUGCAGUGUUCUCUGCACUGGUGAAUGGUGAGAGCCUAGAGCGAGCUCAGAGCCGGCUAUCGGAGAACAGGGGGACAGAGAACCCUGACUCAUCCACUGGAUCUUUGAACCAGAUGCUUCAUUCACACGUUAGCAGAACAGAAGUCCUUGACCUACAGGACACUGAACAUGACCUUGUUAGGGUUGCAUUCUCUUCCAAACCACAAGCUCUGGUCACUCCAAGCAAGGAAGAAAACGGGCAGAAGAAAAGAAAAGGCAAGGGAAUGGGGCGGAAGAGAGACCCCUGUUUGCGGAAGUACAAAGACUAUUGCAUCCACGGAUCAUGCAAAUAUUUGAAAGAACUUCGAAUGCCAUCGUGCAUCUGCCAAACAGGAUACCAUGGAGAACGGUGUCACGGACUGAGUCUCCCUGUGGAAAACCCCUUGUAUGGCUACGACCAUACAACAAUCUUGGCAGUGGUAUCCGUAGUGCUCUCUUCAGUCUGUCUCCUCAUCGUUGCUGGGCUGCUCAUGUUCAGGUACCAUAAAAGAGGAGUUUAUGAUGUAGAAAGUGAAGAGAAAGUGAAGCUGGGGGCUCCUGCUGCCCACUGAUGGAAAUCCUGAGUGUUUACGGUAUCAGCUGGGAUGUGCUACCUCCUGAGAAGACCCAAAAGCACAGCUGCAAAUUUUGCCAACUGGAGGCAUUUUCCCAACAUACAUGAAGAUGAAGACUCCUUAGUCCCAAGCUGAUGUAUCAAUUGGGCCUCUACAACUGUUUCCUCAAAAUGCCAGAGCCUCCAAGUGCCAAGUAGAUUAUGUCAAAGGGAAUCUGGAGAGGAAAAAGGCUAAAGAAAGAGACGAUGUUCUUCUCUCCACCCCAUUCCCCCCAAACAGAAGUUUGUUUAUGCAUUUAAUCUUUUGGAUUGAAAAUGCCAGUAAAGUUCUGUAUGCUCCAAAAGUCUUUGACUGAAGAAGAAGGAGAGAUUUGUGGGCUUUAGAAUGAAGG